CCGCCGCGCUCUCAAGACCUUUUUAUUUCACCAGGCUGGUCUGGCCUAACCUCUCCCAUUCUCUUUUUUAAUGUAAAUUUUAAUUUGUUCUUAACCUGGGGUGUUAAAUUUGUCUUGGGCUAAAUUGAUUUAAAUUCGAUUUUACUUCUGCUCUUAGAUUUUUGCAUUCUAUGUGUUUUAUCCUGUGCCUGUUCGCCGUCCUGAGUCCUUCGGGAGUAGGGCGGCAUAGAAAUCCAAUAAAAUGAAAAUGGGGGAAAAAAAAUGAGUGUUUAAGGCUGCCGACCCCUGAUUUAGACCCAAACAGGCACAGGAUCUGCAAGCUUUGGUGAAACAAACGGCGGAACAACGCAGUGAAAGGCUGGGGUUAAGAUUGAAGGGAGAUGGCACAACUCAUACAAUGGCUUUGGAAACAGGAAUAUUGGCUGCCUCCAGGGUUCACCUGGGAGGACAUGCAGGAGACAGAGGACAUCCGCUAUCCCCAACCCUGUCACCUCCUGCUCUGCCUCCCUAUCACACUCCUCCUGGUCACCCUCCAGUUCUUCUUUGAAAGGAAGAUUGCCAUCCCCUUAAGCAAAAAACUGGGUCUACAAGAAAAAGUGAGACGGAAACCUUCUCCAUACCCCAUCCUGGAAGCUUUUUACAAGAAGUGGAGGAAAAGUCCCCCGAAGGAAGAAGUCAGUAGUUUAGCCAAGCAGUGUGACCUCCAGCCGAGGCAGGUAGAGAGGUGGUUUCGAUACCGGCUGAAUCAGGACCGGCCCAGCUUGACCAAGAAAUUCUGUGAAGUCAGCUGGAGAGCCAUCUACUUCAUUAUUUCCGUCUGUGCGGGAUGGGCCAUCCUUUACAAUAAACCCUGGUUCUGGGAUUUCCGCGAAUGUUGGGUUGGGUACCCCAAACAGCCUCUCCAGCUGAGCAUUUUCAGCUACUUCCUCAUUCAGUUGUCCUUCUACUGGUCCUUGCUUAUCAUGUUGCCUUUUGACGUCAAACAGAAGGACUUUCAUCAGCAAAUUGUCCACCAUCUGGUCACCAUCUUCCUCAUCGGCUUAUCGUACUGCGUCAAUUACAUCCGCAUUGGUUUGCUUAUGAUAUUUCUAACUGAUUGUUCACAUUGUCUCCUGGAGGCAGCAAAGAUGUUCAACUACCUAAAAUGGCAGAAAACUUGUGACACACUUUUUAUCGCAUUCUCAGCGGUAUUUCUGAUCAUUCACCUGGUGAUUUUCCCUUCCAAGAUUCUCCACAACACAUGGUACUAUUUCAUGGAGCUCUACCCGCCCUUUUUCGGCUAUUACUUCUUCAACACUCUGUUGAUAGUCCUGCAGCUUCUUCACGUCUUCUGGUCCUACCUGAUCAUUUGCAUGGUUUAUCGUUUCCUGAUCCAUGGCACAGUGGAGAAGGAUGUGCGGAGCGACCCUGAGGACAGCGAGGACAAGGAUGGGGAUGAGCUGGGCCAGAAGUCAGAAUGCCAAGCCCCAACCAGCUUGCCAAACCUGGGGGGAAGGGGGGAAGGUAGAAACGGCUGCGGGAACGGAGUGGAUAGAAUCCUGAUUGCUCCUGUAAUAAGGCCGACGGCUGCUUGCUCUUCUGUCCGAGUAUGAAUAUUCAUGGACUGGAAUAGAUCAGCCAAUGGGGACUGAAUGGAGACAUGGUAACAAAGUCAGCCAAUGAAUAGGCAUGGUAACAGGCUCAGCCAAUGAGGCUUAUUUGGAAACAGAAACUUAAGUCUGAAGUCUGGGUGUGGCUUAGGCAAUUGAAUCUGUGCAGAAGUUUAACUGCCCUGUAGAGAGGAGGCUCUCUUUGUAUUAAGCUCUGUGCUCAGCUCUGAAAUGAAACAAGCCUGGGCUUGUCUGUCUGCUGAAAUGAAACUGGGAAGUGAUCUCCCUAUUUGUUACCACGUUGAAAGAACUCUGCUAUUGGUAUUGUAAAAUUUGCUUCAUCCGCUAUUAUGUAUAUAAAGAAGUUCAUGAAUCCUGCUGAAUCGGUUUACCUGUCUGUGCUUUCUGGAUUUAAUUUCUGCAACAAACUCUGACAUCUUCCUUACCAGCUGACCUGUGCUGGUUGUGAUGCAGCUGCAUGCCUUCAUCUAACGACAGCUGAUGGCCGCUGAUUGCGAAGAGGCCGGAACAGUUGCCUUGCACCGAUUGCAAAGCAGCUAGUAACUGGGAGGAAACCAGAAGGAGGACUGAGAGGUGCCGGAAGCUGGCUACGUGGGUGGGCUGGGCCGUGGGCGUGACUAUGGCUAUUUACCGUGCUGGUAGACGGUAGUUCCCAGCGCUGACUUUGCAAUGACUAAGGACUCGUUCGUGCAGGAUUUCAGUCUUCAUUAAACCUGUAUCAAGCAA